AUGAUUGCCUUGGAGCAAUGUCAUUACCCUAGUACGUCUUACAUUACUGAAUACAUUGCGGUUUUGAAUUUUCUUAUGAAUACCGGAAGGGAUGUGGAUAAACUCGUUCAGAAGGGAAUAUUGGUUAAUCAGCUUGGAGAUGGUGAUUCUGUGGCUAACUUGUUUAAUAGUCUUUGCAAAAAUUCUAUUUGUGAUAAUUUGAGUUCUGAUAACUAUAUUCUUUGUGAAGAUUUGAAUGCUUUUUAUAAUGAUCCUUGGCAUAAAUGGGAGGCUAUUCUCCGGCGCUGGAAAACCGCUGCUUCCGUUGCUGGAGUUUUUCUACUGAUUCUCUCUCUACUUCAAUCAGUUUGUUCUGUCUUGCAAGUUGUAAAGCAGUAG